AAAAGAAAUAUCAAUCCAAGCAAAGCAUAAAAGCAACACAUUACAGCAUCGUAAGCCAACCACUCCCAAACUAAAAAGUUGUCUUCUAAAGCCAAAUAAUAGAAAAAAAGAAAGAGUAUGGAAGAAGACGAUGGAGACGCGUCUACGCCGUUUUGGCUUCAAUCACGCCGCAAUAACACUUACUUCCGCCGCACUGCAAGUCUCAGCGGCCGUGCAACCACCAUCGCCACUCAAAUAUUCUUCGCCGGAACAGCUGCAAUCCUUAUAGUCUUCUUCAUUAUCCCUCCUCUCUUUUCCUCUGUUUCACAAAUUUCCCGACCUCAUUUGGUCCGUAAAAGCUGGGAUUAUCUCAACUUCGUUCUCGUCCUUUUCGCCGUCCUUUGCGGCUUCCUCAGCCGCAACACCAAUAAUGACGAAACCAAUCAUAACAAAGAAGAAGACAUUAGUAACAAAUUCUCGAACUUACCAUCAGGAGGUCGUGUAUCUAACAGUGCCACGCCUCGUUAUUGGAUCGAUGAUCGCGGUGGUGGCGGCGGUGACCAGACGGUGUACAAGAGGUUUAGUAGAUUACGGAGUGUUAGCUCGUAUCCAGAUCUGAGGCUCCGGGAAUACGAAGCCGAUGAACGGUGGAGAUUUUACGAUGAUACACGUGUAAGUCAAUGUCGUUACGAAGAUGUAGAUCCGAUCUAUCCAAAUCAAAGUUACAGAAACUGGCAAGAGGAAGUUAAACCACCGCCGGAAGAUUUAGAUCAAACAGAGGACGGUGGUAAUGAAGGAGGAGGAAAGGUCCAUAGCGGCGGUUCCGAAACUGAGAAAGUUGAGGUCGUUGAGACGGCGGAAGCUGAAGUAGUAGAGGAGCUAACAGUGCCUUCUGCUCCGCCGUAUAUUCCGUCUCCUCCGCCGUCUCCGCCACGUCCUCCACCACCUAAGCAAGCGAAGAGGAAGACCAAAAGAGUGUACCAAGAUGUUCCUCCAAAGGAAGAGAAGAAGGAGAGUGGUGAUUUUGUAGCGACGACGCCGAUGACUCCGAUUCCAGCUCCGGCGACUGUGUAUCAAAAGAGCAAUAAACAGGAGAAGAAGAAAGGCGGAGCAACGAAAGACUUUCUAAUUGCGUUACGGAGGAAGAAGAAGAAGCAGAGACAACAGAGCAUCGAUGGACUCGAUUUACUCUUCGGCUCCGAUCCUCCAUUGGUCUAUUCACCACCACCGCCACCUCCGCCUCCACCACCUUUCUUCCAAGGGCUAUUCUCAUCCAAAAAAGGUAAAAGCAAAAGAACCAAUUCAAAUCCACCGCCUCCUCCUCCGCCACCACCUGAACGGAGAUAUGAAUCACGCGCAUCAAUGACGAAGAUUCGGAAAGCUCCGGUGGAAUCACGGACAUCUAAACCAAAUCCGCCAGCUAGAGUAACUAAAUUCGUAGGCACAGGAAGCGAAUCGCCAUUAAUGCCGAUCCCGCCGCCGCCUCCUCCUCCGCCGUUUAAAAUGCCGGCUUGGAAAUUCGUGAAGCGUGGAGAUUACGUCAGGAUGGCUAGUGACAUCAGCAUAAGCUCCGACGAACCUGAUGAUCCGGAAGUAGCUCAAUCAGCUGACGGUAAGGCUACCGCCGGGAGUAUGUUCUGUCCAAGCCCCGACGUAGAUACCAAAGCCGAUGAUUUCAUCGCGAGAUUCAGAGCUGGACUCAAAUUGGAGAAGAUGAACUCUGUGAAAAGAGGGAGAUCCAAUUUAGGACCCGAACCCGGACUUAAUGAAUCCGGCAAGAAAUCCGACACCAAAAGUGAAGCAGCAGCUCCUGCUGUGAUUAAGGCCACGAAGUCUCAGGAUUCAAGGACCAAAGUACAUCUGAAGAAGCCGAAGAAAGUCGUGAUUGCUCCUUCCGAGAAGAAAAAGAUCACGAAAGGAUUCGUCAGGAAAAACUUUGAGAAGAAGGAGAUGAUCAAAGAAUUCGCUGAUCGUCUUCAGCGUCUCGAAGCAAAGGUGGAUUUGUUGGUGGAUUUGUUGGUAACAAAGGCGGAUUUGUUGGCAACAAAGGCGGAUAUACAGGAGCUUUUCAUCCCAGCCAAGGGUGAGAAAGUUCCUGCCAUGAAACCUCUUGCUAAGGCUGCUUCUGACAGCGAUGACUCAUACAUGGACACUUCUUCGGAGGAUGAAUCAUCUUCUGCUGAGGAACCUGCAAACAAACCUGCCAAGCCAGCUGCUAAUAAUUCUUUAUUCUCUGUUGGUGGCAAUGGUCAAUCGUUCUCUGUUACGGGAUUUGACUCUUCCCUUCCUGUGGAUGAUAUCAAGAGCGCAUUGAGUAUAUAUUUCAGUUAUUUUGGGGAGAUCACACGCGUAUUUGUUCCCCCAAGCCACGGAACCGGUGGUUCCUUAGGAUAUGCUUACAUUGAUCUGAUAGAAGGAGCAGACAAGGCGUUGAAACUUGGUACACAUGUCGUGGGAGGAUGGGAUCUUGUAGUUGGUAAGGCUGAACCGAUACGCAGUGGAAGUACUUGGCCUUUUCCCGGCCGUUGUGGCAAUCAAGGCCGUUGUACCUUCUGUUGAAGGCUUGAAGCUUUGGUGGUGGAGUUAGACACUGCUCGUGGAAACAGACCUAGUUUUACUCCCUAAAGUAAGAAGACUAACUAGAAGCAGAGGAAGAUAUGUGGUGUUUUAAUUUGUGAUACAAUGCAACAUUUUUAUUACUUGGGAGUUUUUUCUUAUGUUCUAGUUAAGUUUUCGUCUCAUUGUUAAUGUAAACUCAAUUUUGAGUUCUAUUGGUUUUAAAGAAGAAAUAAAAACUCAGGUCGUGA